AUGCCAUCACUAGGUCGUGAGGCUGGUGACGUGGCACUCGAGUUCGGCGAAGCGGGUCUCGGGUGGCUCAGUGCCAACGGAGCCGGCUUCGGUUGCACUCUGGUCUUCUCUCGCUUCCAGGACUCGAACCAACGACGAGCCCACCUGCGGCCCCUGUCCCCUUCUCCAAUCGUAGCCGCCAAAGAUCCCGCGACCAGGGGCCUAUUCAAGUAGACAGGGGUUUCGGCAUUUCCAUUGGCUUGGGUCCGAUGAGACAGCAGGGGUACGCAGACUGCACUUUGAGUCUAGUGAGUAACGUGAUGAAGGCUAGGUGCGAGCGCCCACAGCUUUCACACUCGUUCACAUCCGUCACGGCGGUUGUUGGAGGACGGGAAAGGUCCAGAGUUUUCACUCUCUCUUUGGCAUCAUUCGGAUCUGUCG